UCCCAUGAUGAACCGGGUGUUUACCGGAAGUAACUACGUGUUCGUUUUCGCGAUAGUUCAGGAAGCGUCUAUAAACAGCUACAGAAACCAGCAGGUUUUCGUGCUUUCUCUUGUCAAGGAGUUCUGCAAAGAGACUAGUUAGCUACAAGCUGACUCUGCUAGCAAGCACAGCGUCAGAGAAGAGGCACUAUGUUGCCGACCACAUCGCCACACAGCAAUGGUGCCCUCAGUCCCAGGGAUGCUGCACGCCACACGGCAGGUGCCAAACGCUACAAGUACCUGCGGCGGUUGCUGCAUGUUAGGCAGAUGGACUUUGAUUUUGCCCUGUGGCAGAUGCUUUACUUGUUCACGUCACCACAGAGGGUCUACCGCAAUUUUCACUACAGGAAACAGACCAAGGACCAGUGGGCCAGGGACGAUCCAGCUUUUCUGGUUCUGCUCAGCAUCUGGCUGUGUGUGUCAACAAUAGGCUUUGGUCUGGUGCUGGACAUGGGGAUCCUGGAGACUCUGAAACUACUGCUGUGGGUGGUCUUUGUUGAUUGUAUAGGGGUCGGUCUGCUCAUAUCAACACUCAUGUGGUUGAUCGUCAACAAAUACCUACGAAAACAGCCCAGCAGAAAUUUUGAUGUUGAAUGGGGCUACGCAUUUGAUGUUCAUCUCAAUGCUUUCUACCCACUUCUAGUCAUCCUGCAUUUUCUGCAGCUCUUCUUCAUCAACCAUUUUGUGAUGAUAAACUCCAGCUGGUUUGUGGGAUACUUUGUCGGGAACACUUUGUGGCUGAUCGCCAUUGGCUACUAUCUCUACAUCACCUUCUUAGGGUACAGCGCCCUGCCUUUCCUGAAGAACACGGUGGUGCUGCUGUACCCUUUCGCUCUGCUUGGCUUUCUCUACGUCCUCUCCAUCUCUCUGGGCUGGAACUUCACUAAGGGUCUCUGCUCGUUUUACCAACACAGAGUCAAGUAAAACCAGUUCGUCUCUGAGGCGGGGCACUAAUUGCCUCCAGGCUGACUCCAAAUGUAUUUUUAACUCACAUGUAGGUGACAACAAAUCCAUCUCCAGUUGUCAGUCAGCAUCUGGUUGAGAAAGACUUGAGGUUGACUCUGAGUGAACUGGGACGCUGGUUGACUGUUGCUCGACUCUGGGUUGAUUUUCAGUUUGGCUCUUUUGUUGAGCUGGAGCUCCACAAUCGGUGAUCAGUGAUGUGUUUGGACAGUUGCAGGAACAAGGGGGCAGAUGAGAAGUUUUUACUUUGUUCUUUUUGUAUGAUUUGUAAAUAGUGCUCUGGCAGGUUGUAAUAUAAACACAGAUGUUUGUUUCUGAUUGUUUUCUUGGAAAAGACUGAAACAUCAACCUUAAUUAUUGAAGAGAAUAAGGAAAAUGGAGGAAUGUGGGAUGCAAACUUAUUUUCUUUUUUUCUUAAAGUGCACAUUUAAUAAAAUGUUUUAUUAAGUUGCCUCAGUUUUA